AUGGAGCUAACUUUGAUAGUACUGAUAUCCUUAAUUUUCCUAAAAUCCGGGACCUGCGUCAAUGAUUUUCCAUCCUUAAUGGUCGCCAACGCUACAAUGAUAAUUGUAAUCGAGAAGCAGUUCUUCGUACGCAAAGUGGUGACGAAAGAGUCCCCGAGCCUAACAAUGGAAGCCUAUGAAAAGAGUGUUGCUUCGUUCAGCAGCCUGGCUACCAGAGUGGCACGAGAGCGGAUGAAUAUCAGCGGGUUAUCUAUUCAUCUAUCGCAAGACACUGGAAUAAAUCUCAAGCAAGAUUACACGAUUUUAUUGUCUGUGACCACUUGCCAAGUUGCUUGGGAGUUAUUCAAGCGAGCUAGAGCUGAAAAACUUGUGCAUUUAGCAAUUACAGACCUAGACUGCCCCCGGCUGCCAAUCAACGAAGCUAUAACAGUUCCACUGAUCGAUCCUGGUGAGGAGCUGCCUCAGAUAUUCUUCGACAUGCGUUUGGAGGAAAGUUUGGACUGGAACCGGGUCAACUUCAUCCACGAUGGCAACCAGCCGAUCUCCAAGGUCAUCCAGGUGUUCUCCAGCGACUUUCCGAAGAAACUGGGUCUUGCGUGUCAAUCUCUGUCAGGAUUCACCCGAGGAAGGUCAGAAGUAGCCACCAGGAGAUCAAUUCGUGAUCUUCUGACCAAGUUCUCAAGCCGUAGGGCCCAGGACCAGAAAUUCUUGGUGAUUGUAGGUCACAAAUUCGUUAGUUGGAUCAUCGAGGUGGCUAGAUCCUUGGGCCUGCUUCAUCCUAGAAGCCAGUGGCUGUUUGUCAUCCCGGAUAUGGCUGACUACAACAAAGGUAACGUGUCUUACCUGCUAGAUUAUCUAGAAGAAGGCGAGAACCUGGCGUUCCUUUACAAUUCUACCAAGAAAAAUGCUACUCAAUGCUCCGCCAGAGCUUUCUGCCAUGCUAGGGAGCUGGUUGGAGCUUUAGCUGUCACCUUGGAGAAGAUCCUGAAUCAGGAGCUGAAGCUGUAUGAGAGUGUCACUGAAGAGGAGUAUGAAGCCAGUGGAAUCAACAAGUUGGUCAGGAGUAGGAAUAUCAUCAAUUUUAUGAGGAAUGAAUUGUACAACGAGUCAAGGUCUCAUGGUAGGAGGAGCUCUUGUAGCAGCUGCUUGGCCUGGUCUUUGGAUUCUGCUAUUACCUGGGGCAGUAGAUUGAUGUCCAAAAAUAAGAAACCAAGCUUUAAGCUUGAAAAGACUGGAUUUUGGACUUCUGAUCCUGGAUUUGAAGCUUUAGGUUUAAUUUUUCCGCAUAUUAAGUUUGGGUUUUUGGGAAAGGAGCUUGAAAUUGCUACUUACCAUAACCCACCAUGGCAGUUCCAAAUCCUCGAAACUGACGACCAUUUCAACACCAAAUCCCAUUGGGACGGCUUAAUGAUCAACAUUCUGAACGAAAUAUCCAAGAAUCUCAACUUUACAAUAAAAUACCUCGUCAUUGAAGUCCCAGCAGAAACAAUGCUAGCCAAAACUACGUCAGCAAUGUCAGCAGCCGACAAGGUUCCAGCAGAGUUAACAAACCUGGUAAAAACCAGCAAGGUGAUGAUGGCGGGAUGUUCCUUCGCAACCAGCAUGUACGUCAACGAGAAGAACAUCAACUUCACCAGAGUCAUCACCAGCCAGAGCUACGGGAUUCUGGCUCCAAGGCCAAAAGCAAUGACCAGGACGCUGCUGUUCACAUCUCCGUUCUCCAACGAGGCCUGGGCGUGCCUUGCGUCGUCGAUAGUCCUGGUGGGACCAGCUCUGUACUUCGUCCACGCUCUGAGUCCUCACAAAGCCGACGAGCAGACCAGGAACCCAGACUCCACGGAGAUGCUGGGUCUAGGAUCGCCAUCCAGGUGCAUCUGGUACAUCUACGGAGCUCUGCUCCAGCAAGGUGGGAUGCAUCUUCCGUCAACAGAUGGCGCCAGGUUGAUUGUCGGAACCUGGUGGUUGGUGGUGAUGAUCAUCGUGGCAACCUACUCAGGAACUCUGGUGGCUUUCUUGACCUUCCCUAGGAUGGACCCAGCUGUCAACACUGUUGAUGACCUGCUAGCUAGGCGGGAAGAGUUCACCUGGAGCAUUCCUGCUGGAAGCUUGCUGGAGAACUUCCUGGAGAUCAGCGAGUACCAGCAGCUCCUUCCUGAGUUUGAUGGUCAUGCUAGCUUUCAUGAGACUGCUAGUUACAAUGAUAAUGUUGACAAGGUCAAGGGCAGGGGGCAUGUGAUGAUUGACUGGACUACGGCGCUCAGGAUUUCACAGAGGAACCAACAGAUUAACUUUGGAACCUGCUUCUUUUCUAUUGGAACCAAUGUUCUGGAACUUGUGGAACCUAUUGCGCUUGCUGUUCCUAAGGGGAGUCCUUAUUUGGGGAUUAUUGAUCAUCAGUUACAAAGAAUGCAAGAAUCAGGAUUAAUAAACAAAUGGCUCGAAGACUGGCUCCCCAACCCCAGUGACGAGUGUUCCGAUGACAAAAUGGAAAAACAAGAAACCUCAAACCACCAAGUAGAUUUUUACGACAUGCAAGGAAUAUUUUUCGUCUUAUUUAUCGGCUAUUUAACAGGCAGUAUAGCCUUGCUCUCGGAGUUCUACCAACAACACCGAAAGUUAAACAAAGAGCGUAAAUUAAUCCGUCCUUUUCUUGAAUGA